GAAAAAAAAAAAAAAAAAAAAAAAAAAAGGGUGAAAGUGUUGUUUCGGCUUGAUCGUCAUUUCAUUUCAAUUCCCUCUUCUCCUCUCCGGCGUAACGUAAUCAUGACAACCUCAAAGAGACUCGCGGACAGGAAGAUUGAGAAGUUCGACAAGAACAUUUUAAAGAGAGGAUUUGUUCCUGAGACCACCACCAAGAAGGGCAAGGAUUACCCAGUUGGCCCUAUCCUUCUCGGUUUCUUUGUCUUCGUUGUCAUUGGCUCAUCUCUCUUCCAGAUCAUCAGAACCGCAACUAGCGGAGGCAUGGCUUAAACCAAAUCGCAGUCGAGCUGGAAGAAGCAGUUUUCAAAAUGUAGAAUCUUCUUCUGUGUCCUCUCUUUUCCUCUCCUUUUACUGUAGAAUGUGUCAUCUUUCUGUUUACUAUAUAUAUAUAUACUUCAUCAUGUAAUCAACAAUAUUUGCAUUUAAGUUAUUUUAUAUCCAA